AGCUCUCACUAGCUGAGGCUGUGCUCAGCUGUCGGAAUCUACAGGAGCGAGUGCGCCGCGCCGGCGAUGGUGGAUCCGGAGACGAAGGGGAGGAAGGGGGUGGCGCCGCCGAUGACGUGGCGGACGCGGCUGUCUAUCCUCGCCGCCGGCUGCGUCACCGACGCCACCUGCCGCGCCGACGGCACCAUCAACCGCCGCCUGCUCGAUUUCCUCGACCCGCACGUCCCGCCCUCCGCCGCGCCGCGGAAGGGGGUGGCCACGCGGGACCUGGACCUCGGCGCCGGCGCGGCGGUCCCGCUCCGGGCGCGGCUCUUCUACCCCUGCCCCGGCUCCGACAAGCCCGUUCCGGUCGUCGUGUUCUUCCACGGCGGUGGGUUCGCGUACCUGUCCGCGGCGUCCCGCGCCUACGACGUCGCGUGCCGCCGCAUCGCCAGGUACGCCGGCGCGGCCGUGCUGUCCGUUGACUACCGCCGCUCCCCGGAGCACCGAUUCCCGGCCGCCUACGACGACGGCGUCGCGGCCCUCCGCUUCCUCGACGACCCCAAGAACCACCCCCUCGCCGCCGACGACGACGCCAUCCCGCCGCUCGACGUCGGCCGCUGCUUCGUCGCCGGGGAUAGCGCGGGGGCCAACAUCGCCCACCACGUCGCCCGCCGGUACGCCCUCGCCUCCGCGACCUUCGCCACCCUCCGCCUCGCCGGCCUCAUCGCCAUCCAGCCCUUCUUCGGCGGCGAGGAGCGGACCCCCGCCGAGCUCCGCCUCGUCGGCGCGCCCAUCGUCUCCGUGCCCCGCACCGACUGGCUCUGGCGCGCCUUCCUCCCCGCCGGCGCCGACCGCACCCACGAGGCCGCCCACGUCGCCUCCCCGGCCGGGCACGCCGGCAUUGACUCCCCGUCCUUCCCUCCAACCACGGUGGUGAUCGGCGGCUACGACCCGCUCCAGGACUGGCAGCGCCGCUACUGCGAGACGCUGCGCGGGAAGGGCAAGGCGGUGCGCGUCCUCGACUACCCCGACGCCAUCCACGCCUUCUACAUCUUCCCGGAGUUCGCCGAGUCGCGCGAACUCAUGCUGCGCAUCAAGGAGAUCGUCGCCGGCGCCGGCGAGCAGUGAGUGGGGUGGGGUUGCGUGGUGGGGGUGGGCGAGGGAUGACGUGGAAUGAUUAGGAUGCUUAGAUGCCACGUGUGGUAGCGAUUAGUAGUAAGCGAGUAAGAAAAUGACGUGUGGAGUUGUGUCCUCUUGUCGCAUAGUGGUAUGUUGUACUGCUGCUACUGUGGCAACGUGGAGCUGUGAGGAUACCAAUAAUUUCUUAGGAGAGGACAAGAAUAAGUAUGGUUCAUAAUUAAUUUGUGGUAGAUGAGGAUGGGCACUUUCAUUCAGAUCCAUGAAAGGGGCUUUUCUAAUACUCCCAUAGUAUAAGAUAAUUUAGCUUUGCUAAGAUAUUUGUAGUGUUAAUGA